AUGCAACCAAGGCGCUCUGCACGAACUACCGUUUCUUCCAAACGGAAGAGCCUUGCUGAACCUGAAGACGAGGAUGAUGACCGAGGACACAACAAAGCGUCGAAGCUUAGUCGUGCAAAGCGAGCGCGAACAAUCUCGAAGACGGAAGCAGCGACAAAUCAAGUGAGGGCAACGAAAGCCAAUAGUACAAAGCCCAAACGGAUGAAUUUGAGUUUGUUACCGACGAUGCCAUUGGAUAUUCUUUUCAUUAUCUGCGACAUACUUUCUCCUCAAGACCUUAUCAAUCUAUCGCGGGUCGACGCAAAUUUCUGUCGCACUCUGACUGCGAAUAAUGUAUCUUUCGUUUGGAAGGCAGUGAGGGAAGCUGCAGAAGGAAUCAAUCCACCUCGUGGGAUUCCUGAAAGCCGAUGGGUCGACCUAUUAUUUGGGAUUUCAGCUUGCGACAUGCUUAUGUUUACUGGAGGCUUUGCCGACGCUUCUGCACUCGUGCUUAUCAUCCAUGUCAGCUUAAUAUGUGCCUCAAGGGUUAGAAGAGUUUACCCUGACGUCAAUGACGACAUUUUGAAUCUGAUUCCGCGCAUAAAUGCUGGACCUGGCAUCAUGUGUGUGCGCGGUGGCUACUACUGGAUUUCUGAUAUCACAAAUGUCCAAGCAAAGAUGAAACAGAUGGAAGUAGGCCAUGAGACCUCCGAGCGUCUAGCCGACUUUCGAACAGAGCGGAAGAAGAUGGUUGAAGGCAUGAACAAAGACGUGAAACGAGGUGAAGAAUGGACUCGCGCUAUCGCUCGAAAGGCCGCCCUUGAAUCACAACUUCGGAGGGGUAAGAGGCUAUUUAUGAUAAAGACCCGCCUUCUGGAAAUGGGCUAUACCGAGCGGGACGUCAGUUGCAUCAGAUGGGAACCAUCAGUUGCAUGCGACGCCGAACUCACACCACAGGGCUGGGGUCAGAUACGUCCAAGUCUUGAGGCGGCGAUCAGAGCCAAUCAUGCCCGACAAGCCGAAGCGGCUCGUAGUGUGGCGCUACACAGGCGCUCUGCAAUCAUUGAUGACAUUCUCAAAACAUACAAGAAGCAAUUUUUGCCUGUAGUGUGGCGAGAAAUGCCUUCAUUCACGGACGUUUGCAUGUUCCCAGCAUUUAGGGACAUUUUGGAGCUGCCCACUGAGGACAUAGUCACCGAGGCCAGCUUUCGAAGGAAAGCUGAGCUGCAAGUACUAGUCACAACUCCACCAGCAGGGCAGAUCGAUCCAUUGAAAUUGGCAACAACAGUAUUUUCUUGUAAACGCCGGUGUCGUGCUAUCAUCACGGAUGCAGAUGUUUGGCGCCAUCGGUGUGGCAGCGAUAGGUCAACGAGAAUUUACUGUAGUAUCCGAGUUCUGACAAGAAUCGAUGAUCUGAAUGAGGAGCUCGGGAGCACGGAGCUCUCCAUUGAUACGACGCGAUCAGCUGUGGCUGCUUCUUUAGUGCAGCUCGCUUCUCGUGAUCCCGCUACCACGACCGCAGAUGAGAUGGAUGCUCUGAAUCUUGAGUUUCUUUGUAUGAAUGAUCCCGUUAGCUCAUAUGCUCUCCCUACCGGAACAAAAAGGUGGAGCGGGCGUUCUGUCCUGUCCUGGCGUGAAUGCGUGCAAAGGGAUACUGUGCGCAGUCAAGACUCUGUCUUUCGUCUUCUUACGCCGGCGGAUGAAGCCAAAAAGAGACGAGUUGCCCCAGCAUCUGGAUAUCAAUAUGACCGGAGCGAGGCACUUUUCCAUUGCCAGCAUUGUUCUGGCCAUAUUGACUAUCCCGAGACAUAUGUGGAGGUCACAAGGCAUGUUAAAGAUGUGCAUGGUGUUGACGAUCCCCAAAUGGAUCGUGAUUUAUUCCUGACUCCUGGUGCAAUCAUGCCUGUGAAACAACGCCCGCCUUUGUAUGUCGUGCGCUUCAAAAGUGUUCUUUGA